AUGACUACUGAUGACAACACUGGUGUUGUUGACAUUAAUAAACCAUUUCGUUUUGAGGGUAACCAUUUUAAAAGAUGGAAACAGAAGAUGUUAUUUUUUUUUAGAAUGAAAAAUGUUAACUUUGCUCUGACUACUGAUAAACCUACUGUUUCUGAAAAUGCUGAGAAUGAUGAAAAGGACAAACAAACUAAUGGAUUAGAGGCUUGGGUCGAAAAUGAUUUUCUGUGCAGAAAUUUCAUUCUGAAUGGUUUAUCUGAUGACCUUUAUUAUUAUUAUAAUUCUAACAAAAAUGCUAAGGAAAUCUGGGAUGCACUGCAAAAGAAGUAUGACAUUGAGGAGGUUGGAACCAAGAAUUAUGCUGUCAAUCGAUACCUCAAAUUCCAGAUGACUGAGGACAAGUCAGUGGAAGCCAAGUCUCAUGAACUUCAAAAAUUCGCUCAUGAAAUCAUUUCUGAAGGUAUGUCUUUAGAUGAACAAUUUCAAGUUGCUGUGAUUAUUGAAAAAUUGCCCCCUGCAUGGAAAUAUUUAAAAAAAUUUCUCAGGCUUAAAACAAAAGAAUUUUCAUUGGAAAGUCUAAUCACUAGCCUUCGCAUUAAGGAGGAAGCUCGUAAACAAGACCAGUAA